CCUACCUUUGGUCCACGAUCAGCAGCCAUGGUCGCCUUGACUCCGGUCUUGCUCGCUGCUAGCAGUGUUGUUGGCCUCAGCCAGGCCGCCGCCGCCGCCGCCGUUGCUGCUGCUGCUCCUCAGCCUCGUGCCGUGGCGUACAAGACGUACAAAGGAGACGGGACUGUUGCUCAAGGAUGGCCCGACGUGUCUCAGUGGGCGAGCUUUGACACGAUCUGGGCCAACAACGUGGGCCCCUCUGCAGGAGCGUGCAGAUGGCUCGAGGUCGGGGCGAACUCUGACGCCGAGAACGCGGUGAUGAAGGCGGCCAUCAUGCAGGCCGGCAAGGACACGGGCCUUGACCCGCGCUUCAUCCUGGCGGCCGUGUACCAGGAGUCGUCGGGGUGCGUGCGCAUGUACACGACGCGGUCGACGACCCAGGGGUACCGCAACCCGGGGCUCCUGCAGUCCUUCAUGGGCGAGCACACGUGCAACGACCCCGUCGCGGGGAUCCCGCUACUGACGCCGUGCCCGGACGCGCAGAUCCGGGGCAUGAUCACCGACGGGGUCGGGCUGACGACGUCGGACGGGCUCAUGCAGACGGUGGCGCGGAGCAAGGCGACGGACGUGAGCCGGUACUACAAGGGGGCGCUGCUGUACAACUCGGGCGUGAUGCCGGCGUCGGGGAACCUGGGCCAGGGCCGGUCGAACCCGUGCUACUCGAGCGACAUUGCCAACCGCGUCAUGGGGUGGAUCGACGACCAGUCGCCGUGCAACCGUCGGUCUCUGAUGAUUGAUGGAUGGCCCCCCGGCCGACAGCUCUCUCUCUCUCUCUCUCCCCAACCGAGAAGGAGACGAGCCGAAGAGGACGGGACGCGAGACGGGGUCCAGAAGUGGGGGAGGGUGGUGUGGUGGUGGUUGCUGGUGCUUUGA